GCUCCCUCUCUUCCUCUCCCUCCCUCCCUCCCUUCGCUCGCUUUCUCUCUCCUCCCCUUCCCUUUCCUCCCCUUCCAUCUCUCUCUCUCUUUCUCUCAUCUCCUCCUCGCUUCUUCUCAAGCAAAGCUAGCGGCGAGCUCGGAGUAGCGGCGCGCUCUCUCGUACGCCAACCGCCCGGCUCCUCCUCCUCCUCCCCUUCGGGACCCCGUGCCCGAGCUCGCCGCCGCCGAUCGGGCAUUGGAUCCUUCCACCACCGGUGUUCGUUCGUAGCGGAUUUUAUUUUUGCGGGGUUUCUCGGCAUCCCCUGAGUCGCGGGAUCGCGCCCAAUCGAUGGCGCAGAGCAACUGGGAAGCAGAUAAGAUGCUUGAUGUGUAUAUCUAUGACUAUCUGCUGAAGAGGAACUUGCAGUCGACGGCCAAGGCUUUCAUGGCGGAGGGAAAGGUCGCCGCUGAUCCAGUCGCAAUUGAUGCUCCUGGAGGGUUUCUCUUUGAGUGGUGGUCUGUUUUUUGGGAUAUAUUUAUUGCAAGAACAAAUGAGAAGCAUUCUGAGGUUGCAGCGGCAUACCUAGAGGCACAGCAAAUCAAAGCGAGAGAGCACCAACAGCAGAUGCAGAUGCAGCAGUUGCAACUAAUACAACACAGACAUGCUCAACUGCAGCGAACUAAUGCAAGUCAUCCUUCACUUAAUGGUCCAAUAAACACCCUAAAUUCUGAUGGCAUUCUGGGGCAUUCAACAGCUAGUGUUUUGGCUGCCAAGAUGUAUGAAGAGCGCUUGAAGCACCCUCAAUCCUUGGACUCUGAGGGAUCACAGCUUCUUGAUGCUAGUAGGAUGGCUCUUCUCAAGUCAGCUGCAACAAAUCAUGCAGGGCAAUUAGUUCCCGGAACUCCCGGAAAUGUGUCUACAACGCUGCAACAAAUCCAGUCUAGGAAUCAACAAACUAUGGAUAUAAAAAGUGAAGGUAAUAUGGGUGUUGCCCAAAGAUCUUUGCCCAUGGACCCAUCAUCCUUAUAUGGACAGGGUAUUAUUCAGCCAAAACCUGGAUUGGGCGGUGCAGGACUAAACCAAGGAGUAAGCGGUCUACCAUUGAAAGGGUGGCCAUUAACUGGAAUUGACCAAUUGCGACCAAAUUUAGGUGCUCAAAUGCAGAAGCCAUUUCUUUCAACACAGUCACAGUUUCAACUUAUGUCACCACAGCAGCAGCAACAAUUCUUAGCACAGGCCCAAGCACAAGGCAAUCUUAGCAACUCAAGUAACUAUGGGGAUUUGGAUCCCCGGAGAUAUACAGCACUAACCAGGGGUGGCUUGAAUGGUAAGGAUGGACAGCCUGCUGGAACUGAUGGGUGUAUUAGUUCCCCAAUGCAAUCCAGUUCACCCAAAGUUAGGUCAGACCAAGAGUAUCUCAUAAAGGUACAACAGACAUCUUCCCAGCAACCGCAGGAACAGCAGCAGCAGCAGAGCCAGCAACAACAGCAGCAGCAAAGCCAGCAACAGCAAAUGCAACAGAGCAAUAGAAAAAGAAAGCAACCUACAUCUUCAGGAGCAGCAAAUAGUACUGGAACAGGGAAUACAGUUGGCCCUUCAACCAAUUCUCCACCAUCUACUCCAUCCACGCAUACCCCAGGAGAUGGACUUGGGAUGCCUGGCAAUAUGCGCCACGUCCCGAAAAAUUUAGUGAUGUAUGGUGCUGACGGAACAGGACUAGCAUCCUCUUCAAACCAAAUGGAUGAUCUCGAGCCAUUUGGUGAUGUUGGCUCUUUGGAAGAUAAUGUUGAAUCAUUCUUAGCCAAUGAUGAUGGAGAUGCAAGGGAUAUUUUUGCUGCACUUAAAAGAAGUCCUGCAGAGCCUAACCCAGCGGCUUCAAAAGGUUUUACCUUCAAUGAGGUUAAUUGUUUGCGCACGAACAAUAGCAAAGUUGUCUGUUGCCAUUUUUCUUCAGAUGGCAAGAUAUUGGCUAGCGCUGGACAUGAAAAGAAGGCUGUACUUUGGAACAUGGACACCUUCCAGAGCCAGUAUACAUCAGAAGAACACAGCCUCAUAAUUACUGAUGUCCGUUUCCGGCCUAAUUCUUCCCAGCUGGCAACAUCAUCCUUUGAUAGAACUAUUAAGCUGUGGAAUGCUGCAGAUCCUGGAUUCUGUUUGCAUACGUUUGUUGGGCAUAAUGUCCAAGUCACAUCUUUAGAUUUUCAUCCAAAGAAGACGGACCUUUUGUGCUCUUGUGAUGGCAAUGGUGAAAUCCGGUACUGGAAUCUGACCCAGCUUAGCUGCAUGCGUGCCAUGAAGGGAGGUACUGCCCAAGUUCGAUUCCAACCUAACACUGGACAGUUUCUCGCAGCUGCUGCGGAGACUAUGGUUGCCAUUUUUGAUGUUGAAACGCACAGCAAAAAAUACACACUACAGGGCCAUAACACAGAUGUGCAAUCAGUGUGUUGGGACAGCAGUGGGGAGUACCUUGCCUCUGUCAGUCAGGACUUGGUUAAGGUCUGGUCAAUAUCAUCAGGAGAGUGCAUUCAUGAGGUUAGCUCCAAUGGAAACAAGUUCCACUCUUGUGUGUUCCACCCAAGCUAUGCCAAUCUCCUUGUUAUUGGAGGCUACCAGUCCCUGGAGCUAUGGAACAUGGUAAAGAACCAGAGCAUGACGAUACAAGCCCAUGAAGGUCUAAUUGCGGCCUUGGCGCAAUCGCCAGUGAACGGGACGGUGGCUUCUGCGAGCCACGACAACUCUGUCAAGUUGUGGAAGUAACAACAAUAACGUACCUAGAGAUAAGAAUAGCUGUUCCAGGUAAUUGAUACUGGAUUUCUUCAGCCUAGGCUAGUCAUAGAAUGGAGGUGAGUUUGAUGUACUGGUUGAGUUGUGUUACUAUCUCAGAGGCAAAUAAGGAAGAGUAGGAGCCGGGCGAUUGUCGCGGUUGAGCUGUUCAGUGCGUAUUGCAGUGAGUUUGUGGGAGGGGCUGUUUCUUUUUUUUUUUUUUUUUUUACCUUGAUGAUAGAUGUUGAUGUAGCACAAAAGGAAGAUAAGGAACGAAGGCCUAAAGUUGGCUCUCUGUUUCAUGUUGUUAAUGUUCUAGUAUGAGAUGUAAAAUGUAACAAUAUUCGGUGUUUUAAUGGGAACUCGCUGCAAUUUGUCCGGCGGUUGAUAGAUGAUA